AUGACAGUUCAUUUUGAGAAAAGAGUCUUAGUUACAGGUGGUGCAGGGUUUAUAGGAUCACAUUUCCUUCAUCGCUUUGUCCUUCAAUAUCCACAAUAUCACUUCACUUGUAUAGACAAAUUAAACUAUGCAAGUAAUUUCGAAAAUAUUUCCGAUUUACAAAACUUAAACAAUUUCAAAUUCAUAAAACUUGACUUGUCAGAAUCUUUUGAACAAUUGUAUGAAUUCCUAGUUACAAAUUUCCAUCAAACUGAAAUCACCGAGUUUAUAAACUUUGCAGCCGAAUCAUGUGUUGAUAGAUCCUUACGAGACCCAUUAUAUUUCACCAGGAAUAAUAUCCUAGCUACACAAAACUUAUUAGAAUGUUAUAGAGCUCUUAGGAACAAAUAUAAAGAUAUUGACUUUCGUUUCAUUCAUAUAUCUACUGAUGAAGUCUAUGGAGAUAUUUCUAUAAAUACAACUGAAGAUACCGUGCUAUGUCCCACAAAUCCAUAUGCUGCCACCAAGGCAGCACUUGAUUUAAUAAUUAAAUCCUAUCAAUAUUCAUUCAAAUUACCAGUUACAAUCUUGCGGCCGAAUAAUGUCUAUGGACCUAAUCAAUAUCCAGAAAAGAUCAUCCCGUUGAUUAUCAAAUGUUUGAAAGAACAAACGCUUAUACCAAUCCAUGGAGAUGGUUCCAAUAGAAGGCGGUACUUGUAUAUCCUGGACUUUUUGGAUGCAAUUGAGGUAGUAUGGCACUCUAUUAGACAAGAUUCAUUAGGAGAGACUUAUAAUAUUGGUGGUUGUGAUGAAAUUGAUAAUAUUUCCUUGGUGAAAUUAAUUUGUCAACGAUAUUUUAAGAACCCAAACGUCAAUUUCACAAAGCAUGUCCAGUUUGUCAAGGAUAGGGGAUAUAAUGAUUCGGAAUACUCGACGAAUUCGGAUAAAUUAAAGGCAUUGGAUUGGGAACCGACAAUAACAUUAGAUAAAGGUAUAGACAAGAUCUUGGAAAAAGAGUUUAAAUAG